UGCAUGUCAUUUGCUGUUGUGCCUUCAGUUUUGAUAGCAGCACACUGAGGCAACAGUGAUGGCAGGCACGACUGCUUUGCCACUUCAGCAAUUAAUUGCUUCAUUGGACAACACUUGUCUGCCAAAAAUUCUACAAGUUUGCUCUGGAGUGUAUUUCCAAGGUUCUAUAUAUGAAAUUUCUGGAAGUGAAGUGUGCUUUUCUACUGGGGAUCUAAUAAAGGUCCUUAACAUUGAGCUCCUAUCCGUUUGCUGUGACGACAUCAGCAACAAUGAGCAGUUUGAGCUGCCUAUCAACCACACAGGUUUGUUCAAAGUUGUUCCGGAGGAGAUGCCAUACAGUAGUAUCGAGGAGAUGUUGAGCCUGAGGCCUGUGGGCCUGGAGUCCUGCCUUCCCUUCACUUUUACCAGCCGCUUCAAGAUUACCAUUGGCAAUUACACACUGGGAGCCGACAGAGCUUUGACAGUGCUCUCCAUUGAGCGGCAUGAGGGUGAGGAGGAUUAUGUGCGCUGCCAUGUUCAAGGACAACAGGAAGCCUCUGCGGAAGUGUGUAUACCACUUUCUUCCCAAGGGGAGUUCAGGGAGUGUGAAAGUGAGGAGCGCUUCACCCUGCAGGAGAUCAUGGCCUCGCCCUGCCUGCGUAGUCGAAAGUUUCACUUAAUCAACACCACCAAGGGUGAACGAACCCUUGUCCUCAGUCCAAUAUACCAGGUCCACGCCAUCAUGAACUUGAGGAAGAACGUGUUGAAGUUUCCCUCCAGCUUAGAGGUGGAUGUGAUCGAUGUCACUGAGACGUGUAAGGAUGUACAUUUUGUGACCCCGCUCAGUCUGACGGAGGUCCACGCCCAGCCAGAUAACUCUUUCCCUACAGUAGUAGAGAUAUUGGAAGGAGCAGAGAACAGCUCUCUGUUCAAGUGCAGCUGGCUACCAAAACUUAGUAAGAGCAGCCAGCUAAUUUUCCACAAGGUAGGAACCUCAGCUAUGGUUUUAUUAUCCAACCUGAAGAGCCGAAAGGCACAGCAGUACUUCCUGGCAUCUCAGCAAUAUGGUGGACGAUUUCGUAGGCGGCCAAGAGAGUUUAAUUCAGUGUAUGAGCUGUAUGUUGCUUCGAUCCAGGCACCAGGCCUGAAGGUCAGCGUAACAAGGAGCUGUGAAGGAGUUGAGGAGGAGGGCCUGCCUGCCCUCAGUGUGGGCGAACAGCUGGAGGUUGUUCGCUGCGAAAUUAUGGAGUUGCCUUGUGAAAGCAGCAAGGGACAGAAGCAGUCCUUUGAGGCUCUUUUGUGUCAGCGCCUCCAAGAGCCAGAUGAUGACGACGAUGAUGAUGAUGAAGAGGAGGUCAAGCAGCAGGAUGAGAGAGAGGAUAUUCUCAUGCCUCUGUACAUGCAGGGCCACUUUGUGGAGGUACUCUCUGAUAACAAGAAGUACAGACUCAGGGACUUGGGUAAAGAGUUUAAUUUGCCGCUGGAUGUUAAAGUAGUGAGCCGGGAUACUGAACUCGAGACUGAUCCACUAGUUGGGUUUCCAAGUCUCAGAAUAGAGGGGGCUAUGCUAGAGCCCACCAUCCAGGCGAGCUUUCCACAAACGCCAGACCACUGCUUCGAGAUCCCAACCCAGUGGCUUUCUAUGUCUGUCUUUUUUACCAAGGACCCCCUGCCAUGGCCCAAAGGUCAACCACCUAAGUGCCAUGUGGAUAGCCUUACCGAGGUGACGAACACAUUCUUUUAUGAAUUUAGCAAACACGGCAACUCAGAUGCAGCUCCGCCACCUCGACCACCAAAGCGAAAUCUGUCAUCUUCAAAGUCUUCAAAAAAAUCAUCAAAAUCCUCGGGGAAGUCAUCCAAAGCAGGCAAAUCCAAACCAGGCAAAAGCAUUCCAACCAAGGAGUUAGCAGAUUUGACUUUAAACAGCAAAAAAAGGCCCCCAGCUCCCCCUCCUCCGGGUAUCUUGGAUGAUCAACCUCCACCAGUCGUAGCCCGAAAGCAGACAGCGGCUGAAAUGACAACAGGCAAGGCUCUGCCAAACACUUAUGUGCAAAGGGAGGAGUGGCAGGAAAAACAAAAGUGCCACUGUGUGACGUUGCAGCAGAUGUGGACAGCGACCAUGACUAUGAAACUGUAGACGAAACUUUUACGACGAUGAUGAAGAAAGCACAAGAGAACGUCAUGUUUUACUAAAUAUUACCGCAACAGCAAAAUAUCUCAUAUGGGCAGUGGGCGCCCUUAUCUUUAAUAAUUUUAUGGCAAUGUACCAAGGCAUAGAUUUAUAUUCAAAGACUUUGCAGUCAGACCAAGCAACCUGUCCAUUGAAUCCUAAAUAUUGUGAUUUCAUUUCAUGCUGAUAAUAAUGAGUUUAACACAAGGUUAGAUAUUUCAGUUAAGUAUUACAUUAUUCAGCAAUAAACUCCUGACAGUAUAUUGCAUCUGUGAGGACCUGUGAGAUAGUUUGGUGUCGAGACAACAUCCAACACCCCUGCUUUUUAUGUGGUCAACAGAACUUUCAUUCUUCGUCCAUUCAUUUUUAUGCUCAACCCACUUCAUCCUCUUCAAGGUUGUAAGUGGCUGUUGCCGUGCUUGUACGGUAUAACACCCACAAACUUUGAUUGAAAAAACAGUACCCUUGUAGUAUUUAUUGUUGUAGUAUUUAAUACAGCACCUUUGUGCUUUUUGUUCAAACUUGUUAGCAGAGCAUUGAUCUAACCAUAUGGUAGUUCUGGGGGCUGUAGCUUGUAUUUUUGUAUUCAACAGCAACACCCAGUUUUAAUACAACACCACAAAAACAGCCUUAAAAAUACAUUGUCUAAAACAAAUUGCAAAAAUGCAUAUUUAUAAGCUUCACAGAGGUCGUAAUAGUAUACAUUUUUAUUGUACAGGCAUUUAAUGUAUAUGGGAACCUCCUGCAGUAUACAUAUAUAUAUAUAUAUAUAUAUGUAGUAUACAGUCUUUAUUAGGAAGCAGUCUUAACCUUAAAAAACCCCACAAAAUUGCAGCUCUGUAGCUACUUAUUGGCUCAUGUAACAGUAAUGCAAUAGCAGAAGCUCUCCCAGCGGUCACAGCAAACUAUGUGAGAGAACAAGAAGGUGCCACGUUUUAUCAAAUCCUGCUUUUGUUGUAGUUUUUAUUUCAUUGAAAUUACUCUCUGGAGGUGUUGACUCACUGCCACAGAAA